AUGGCUUCUAGUUCUGGGGUCGGGUCGUAUUCGAACCCGUUGAAGAAGUUCAAGCUGGUGUUUCUUGGCGAGCAGAGCGUCGGCAAAACGUCCCUUAUCACGCGGUUCAUGUACGAUUCGUUCGACAACACAUAUCAGGCUACCAUUGGCAUUGACUUCUUGUCCAAGACCAUGUACUUGGAAGACCGAACCGUCCGCCUUCAACUCUGGGAUACCGCCGGUCAAGAACGUUUCCGCUCGCUUAUUCCAUCUUACAUCCGAGACUCAAGCGUCGCAGUUGUCGUCUACGAUAUUUCCAACGCCAAGUCCUUCCAGAACACCCGGAAGUGGAUCGAUGAUGUUCGAGGGGAGCGAGGCAAUGAUGUGAUAAUCGUUCUCGUGGGUAACAAGACAGAUUUGAACGACAAGCGGGAGGUCACCACGGCACAAGGAGAAGAAGAGGCAAAGAAGAACGGUCUGAUGUUCAUCGAGACAAGUGCGAAAGUCGGGCAUAAUGUGAAGCAACUGUUCCGAAGAAUCGCCCAAGCGUUGCCCGGAAUGGACGGCGAGGCUAAGCAAGGGGAAAGCACCAUGAUCGACGUCAACAUUCAUCCCAAGGAGACCACCAGCAAUGACAGCUGUGCAUGCUAA